GGAGGAAUCGGGAAUUGGUUUGGUUUGGUUUGAUGGGGUUUUGCCGGUCGAUUCUCCUCACCGCGUCGCUUUUGGGGGUUUAUCCGGGGUGAGGAAUCGUUUUGAUGUGCUCGGGUUCUUGCUUUUUUGGGGUGAUCUUCUGUGCAAUCUGACCUCCCGAAUUAGAGUUAGUUCUGUAUUUGGGGUGGGAUUUUCUUCGACUUGAUUGCGGAGCUGAAUAUUUUAUUGGUUGUUCUUGAUUUAUUUUUUUAAAUUAUUUUGUUUUUCGCGUGUCUUCUCCUUGCUUGAUUGGUUCGUGAGUAUGCAUUAGUUUAUCUUCGUCGCGUUCGUGGAAAUGUAACCAAAUGUAAAAGAAAAAAAAAGAACUAAAAGCUAAUCAUGUUCUGUUUGGGCUUCUCUGUGCCUCUUCUCGUCUUCGUUAUCUUUGAUGGCUACAAAGUUGUUAGUGCAUAGCUGCUGCGGAAGAAAAUAGAUCAUGAAUUGCACAUCCAUCUUUUACCAGAUUGUGUGAAAUUGAUAAAGAUCCAGUUAUGGCAUUCUUGUCCUUUUAUUAUGUCGUUUAUCAAAUCAAUUAGCAGGUGUAUCUUUUUUCCGUGCAAACUAUGUUCUCUUUCGACAUUUUUGUCAGUCCAAGAAUCGCUGAGACAACGAACCUUUUACUAAUUAUGGUGGACAAUCAUGUCUCCUUCAGUUCCUGGGUUACCAUUACUUAACAUCAGCAUAAGCAGUUCUUGGAGUGAUGAGGAACGUGUACGAUUCUUGGCGGAGAGGAAAGCAGAGCACUCUCUGCCAGAAAAUGUAAUGGUGGGGGUGAGCUUUCACCUCUUUGAUCCAUGGGACUCAGAGAACUUAUGGUACAUGAAUUUUUCAGAUGAUCAACAAUCCCCUAAGAAUGGCGAAAAUGCUAUUAUAAAGUCAAAAACUGGAUACUGGAAAAUUGUGGAUACUGUUAGAAUACCAACAAGUACUGCUAUUGUGGGUAUGAAAGUUAGGCUGGACCAUUAUGAAGGUGAAGCACCAUCUGGUAAGAGAACUGGGUGGGUGAUGAAUGAAUAUCUGGUUGAAGAGAAUGAUGAAGCUAAUCUACCACAGGACUACAAGAAUUUGUGUACAAUAUACUUUCAGGAAGACAAAAAAUUAGAUGCUGGCAAUAAACAGAUAUGCCUGAGUGCAAAUGCUCGUAAUGAUCGCAACGAAUCUUACCUUCAAUAUCUUGCCGAACUAGAAGAGCAAAAUGCUGCAUCAAACCCCCAGGCUGUAUCUGUGAACGAGGAAAAUGUCUCUUCCAGCAAAGGACUGGAUAGGCAGAAAACUAACGCUUCAGAUGACCAGUCUGUUAAUUAUGCCCCCUCUAGUGAAGGCUACAUAGAAUUGAAUGAUUUGUUAAGCACAGAUGCCUCUGCAUCAAGUUCAGAAUACUCAAGUCGACGGACUAUGAUUUCUGAAGAGGAUGAGUACUUUGAUUCUGAUGCAUUUCUGAGGGAGAUUAGGAAUGACCAUAACACAGAUAAUGAAGAGCAUGCAGACAGCAAGUUUAGCGUAACUGUGCCUAGUAAAUCAGAUCACGUGGUUAUCAGUCCCCCAGAACAAGGGUUUGUUGACAACCUUGAUAACCAUGCCAUCAGAGCUGGAGAUUCACCGCAAAAGUCAAUGCAAAGUGGUAAAGCAGAUCAACACUCAAUUGAGGAGCAUCCGCAGAACAUUCCUACACCUUCCUGUUUUCCGAUAGGUCAUGUCAAACGAAGCCGUUCUAGUAGUUCUAGCAGCUCUCAGGGUACCAGCAGGUCUCCCCAGAGAGAGCGAUCUACCAAAAAAUUUGGGAAAUUAGGAAAGAAGUACUGCUGCUUUGGAUCAUUCUAGUCGAGUCCAUAGCAUUUCUAUAUUCUGUACAGGAAGACACGGACUGGUUGCCUCAGCAAAAUUAUACGAGAUCUUCUGAAUUCUGAUAGAACAUAGUCAAAGAAGACAAAAUUUUGAAGCAACAAUGACAAUGAUCAACAACACUACGAACUGUGGAAAGUUACAUUUUUGUUUUGUUCAUAUAGUGUGAAGAUAUCAUUAUCUUGAUGAAUCUGUCAAACUGAAGUGAGCUACCUUUAAUUUCAUUCUUGAUUGAUAGGGGCAGAUAUUCACUGAUUCCUGUUUCUGAAAUGAAGAUGGCAGUAGUUUCUUAUCAUCACCAGGUGCUCUCAUUUGUAAACAUCAGCAGUACAGUUUUGUAUGAUAGAACUUCACACUUUAGUAAGUAAA